ACACCCACCCCCGUCAACUUGAUUCUUCACUGCUCUCUCCUCUUUGUUAUCUUUUUCAGCUUUUUUGUCUUCCAUCACCAGAAAAAAAAUAUGAGGGAAAUUCUCCAUGUUCAAGCUGGUCAGUGCGGUAAUCAAAUUGGUGGCAAAUUCUGGGAAGUUGUAUGUGAUGAACAUGGCAUUGAUCCCACUGGAAACUAUGUUGGAACUUCUCCAGUUCAGAACGAGAGGCUUAAUGUUUACUAUAAUGAAGCCAGUGGUGGACGCUACGUGCCUAGAGCUGUCUUGAUGGACCUUGAACCAGGGACUAUGGACAGCUUGCGAACAGGUCCUUAUGGGAAAUUGUUUAGACCGGAUAACUUUGUUUUCGGCCAAAACGGAGCUGGGAACAACUGGGCCAAAGGACACUAUACCGAAGGAGCCGAAUUGAUCGAUUCGGUUCUCGAUGUUGUUCGUAGAGAGGCUGAGAACUGUGAUUGCUUACAAGGUUUUCAGAUAUGCCAUUCACUGGGAGGUGGAACAGGAUCAGGAAUGGGGACACUGCUGAUAUCAAAGAUCAGGGAAGAAUACCCUGACCGUAUGAUGUUAACGUUCUCAGUGUUCCCCUCACCCAAAGUCUCGGAUACUGUGGUUGAACCCUACAAUGCCACACUGUCAGUCCACCAGCUUGUGGAAAAUGCUGAUGAAUGCAUGGUCCUUGACAAUGAAGCUCUCUAUGAUAUCUGCUUCAGAACUCUAAAACUCACAAAUCCUAGUUUUGGGGACUUGAACCAUUUGAUUUCAACAACUAUGAGUGGAGUCACAUGCUGCCUUCGCUUCCCUGGGCAACUCAAUUCCGAUCUUCGAAAACUAGCUGUGAACUUAAUCCCCUUCCCACGCCUGCACUUUUUCAUGGUUGGUUUUGCACCCUUGACAUCCCGGGGCUCGCAACAGUACCGAUCCUUAACGAUACCUGAGCUAACUCAACAAAUGUGGGACGCCAAGAACAUGAUGUGUGCUGCCGAUCCACGCCAUGGAAGGUACUUGACAGCCUCGGCUAUGUUCCGAGGCAAAAUGAGCACCAAGGAAGUUGAUGAACAAAUGAUCAACGUGCAGAACAAGAACUCGUCGUAUUUUGUUGAGUGGAUCCCGAACAAUGUUAAAUCAAGUGUUUGCGACAUUCCACCAACAGGGUUAACAAUGUCGUCAACGUUCAUGGGGAAUUCGACGUCGAUUCAGGAGAUGUUUCGGCGCGUUUCGGAACAGUUCACUGUCAUGUUUAGGAGGAAGGCAUUUUUGCAUUGGUAUACAGGGGAAGGGAUGGAUGAAAUGGAGUUUACCGAGGCAGAAAGUAACAUGAAUGAUUUGGUAUCUGAGUAUCAGCAAUAUCAAGAUGCUGUGGCAGAUGAUGAUGGUGAAGGGUAUGAGGAUGAAGCUGAGGAAAAUUGAGUGUUUUGGGACUGUUUUGAGUGAAAAAACAGAGCAUUUUGAUGCUCUAAAUAAGGAGGCCAUGUUUUCAUUUGUGUCGGGAUUUUGGUGUCUUUUUUUUAACAAUGUGAAUUGGGAAUUGGAGAUUAAUUUUAUUUGAAUUGGGAGUGUAAAUGUUGCAGCUUUGAUUGUUUAUUUAUAUAAUUAAUUUGGAGUGACUUGAUGAACCAAA